CUCAAAACCCAACCCAACCCAACAUCAACAUGCAGUUCUCCAUCGUCGCCAUUGUCGCUGCGCUCGCCGCUACCACCACUGCCAACUAUGUUGCUGCACCAGCCAACGGCACCACCCCCUACCCAACUGGCACUGGCAGCGUGAAGCCCUCCGGCUCUACUGCUCCCACCAAGUCCCAGCUUCCAUUCACCGGUGCUGCUUCCGUACCUACCCACAUGGCCGGUUCCGCUCUCGGCCUCGUUGUCGCUGGUGGUGUCGCUAUGAUGCUCUAAACAUGUCGCUUCGAGAUGGACUCAAUUACAACUUCUCACACCACCUUUUAAUCAACCUUUACCGUUCGGAUUUGGCGCAUCAACAUAGCCUCUAGCGCAACAUGGGCAUGUUCGGAAAUUAGCAUGGUCGGCGCAUCAUCGCUCGGAGUUCAAAUGCCCGCCUAGAUAUAGACAUGUUGCAGGGCAAGGUCGUGACCUGAACGGUGCACGACUCGAGAGGAUGCCGUACAGGAGAUAGCUGCCACCGGCAUGCGAUAGAUAGAUCAGCCUAGAAGGCAAGAUACAAUACUUGAAUAACUCAGACUUUACUUUGUGCUUGCUUGUUCAU